AUGGAGAACCUCGUCCGCAGCGGCAAGGUCCGAUUCAUCGGUAUUUCCAACUUCGAUGCAUACCAGGUCUCCACCUUACAAAUCAAUGCAACCAUCAAGCCUGCCGUGCACCAAUUUGAAUUGCAUCCCUACCUCCAGCAAUCGGAUUACGUGGACUGGCACCAGGCUUUGGGCAUCAGUGUAACGGCAUAUUCUCCCCUGGCAAGCGCCAACCCGACUUACGGCCAUCGACUUGGUGGGCCGCCUUCUCUAUUCGACAACGAGGAAAUAACGACAAUUGCAGAAAGAAGAGGGUGCACGAAUGCGCAGGUAGCUCUGGCCUGGGGCAUGGCGCGCGAAACAAGUGUGAUUCCCAAGAGUCAGCACGCAGAGAGGAUCGUCGAGAACUGGGAAUCGAGAAGGUGCAAUCUGCAGAAAGUUGACCUACAACUGAUUGCUGCCGUUGGCAAAAAGUAUUUGACGAGAUUCAAUAAUCCCAGCAAGGGCUGGGACGUGCCUUUGUAUGAAGGCUUGGACGAUUCAAGGAUUUAG